AUGUAGUGUUAUGAGUUGUCCAACCUCAUAGCCUUCCACUAGGUGGCUGUAUGUACAUCCGAAGUUGCUUGCAAUCCAUUAAUAAUGAUAAGAAGAAGUUAGGGUUGGCCCUAAUCUUAUUUUUAAUUAAAAAAAAUAAAAAUACGGAUGGAUUUGCUCAUAUGAUUAUAUGAAAAUCUGUGUUUGUACCAUAUGAAAAUGUUUAAUAUUUGUAUUAGUAGUAAUAAUAAUAAAUUACGGAUUGCAACCGACAAAAGAUUAGAGAAGAAGAAGAAGCUUACGUCAUUCGACGCGACACUUUCCACGGUCGGAGCUGAACCAUGCCUAAAUAUAAGAGCAGUGUCCGUUGUAAGACCAAAAAAAUAAAACUAACUCGGAAAACCAUCGGUGCUCGGGCGAAAUCUUCCUACAUUCCCUCACAUGCAGGCUCAUCUGACACCAACACUGUUUUUCCCUCAUCACAUGACAUUUGUACUGAAAACUCAGAGGAAGAAGGGACCGCGUAUACCAGGGCAAAAAGGAAGGAGCUGAGCCUAUGGGAUACACUAAAAGAUCAGGUCUUGGAAGAGUCCUAUAAGUCCUCCGCUCCUUUCUCUGACAUGUGCUCUGUGUGCAAGAAACCUGGAGUAUACCGCUGUCUGGAAUGCAGCAGAAGCAGUGUUUUUUGCAAGGAUUGUGUCUACACAGUACACAUAAAUUCUUUGCACCUCCCUGAAAAGUGGAAUAAAACCUGCUAUGAGGCUGCUUUCCAGCAGUUGGUGUUGCAUUUAAGUGGGGAUCACAGUACCCAUGUUGUUUACUCCAGAGAUGUAAAGACUUUUGUCAACACAGGUCAUCUCAUUAAUUGCACAGUUUCUUUUUGUAAAUGCGAACCUGAGGUCUGCACUCUUCUGAAAUAUGGCCUUUGGCCUGCUUCACCGGAGAAGCCACAGACUGCUUUUUCAAUGGCUCUUCUUGAGCUAUUUGUCCAUCUUUCUUUGGAGUGCCAGAUCUCUGUAGAGGGAUUCAUCAACACCUUACGGUGGAAAAACAAUCUUACUGUUAUGGAGGUUAAUAUGCUGUACAGAGCCCUAGUAGGAGAGUCUAUUUCCCAGUUUCGCCAUUAUCACUUCCGACGAAGGUCACUAGUUGGCCUUUGUGACCAAUUUGAUGAUGGCACAGUGUGCCCGGCAUGCAUAAAGACUGAUGGCACUGUAAUUGUGGCUUUGGAUGCCAACUUUGGCCUUGUACGAAAAAAGAGCUCUGGAAGUAGUAUCACUGAGCCAUUGCAGGGUAACAGAAUGUUUGUCAGGGAUGAAGAUGUUGAAGAGUAUGUCAGGUCAAAUCCUGACAACUGUCAACCAACAGAGAACUGUAGCAAGUUUAAAGCUGGCAAUGCACUUCGUUCCCAAAACCAGCAAAAAAAAUUAGACAUAACUGGUGUAUUUGGAGCAUCAUGUCGCCACGAGGUUCCACUGAUAUUUCUUAACAUGACACAUGGAGAAAGACUUGCAUAUCCUAAAUAUGUCAUCACAGAGCUGAUGAAAAAAUAUAAAGAAAAAAACAUUAAUCUGCAUGUCCUUUAUGACAUUGCAUGUGUCCUGUCCAGACAUUUCCGUAAAACUGGAGAAGGAAUCCCAAAAGGACUUUCCCUGGCGGUACCAGCAUUUCAUGUGUAUGGGCAUAAACUGCAGUGUCAGGUAUUUUUUGGGUUGUUCUAAAGUUAGUCUACCAAAUUCAACAUCUUGUUACAUCAUAUAUACAUAUUGUUCACCCUGUUGCUAUAAAGCAGCAUGACAAUUGAAAAUGAGCUUAAUUGUUUCAAAUACCAUGAUAUAUUC